CUGCGGGGCGGGGUGCGCGGGGUGUGCGCGGGGCGGCUUGGCGCGCGACACGCUUGUCCUCGCUCGCGGCCCGCCCGCACGACACCGGUCCCUAACCUGCCUGACACUACCACUCGAUGACUCAAGCACAAACGUACGCCCUGUGUGACACUGUCGGGAGAGUUUAGUGCGAACGGUGUGUGCUUCUAUGUAGGAACGGUCAGUGCUGUGUCGGUUGUCGUGUGCCCUUGUCAUGUGGGGAGUGCGAUGGCGCUGAUGGCCGGCAUGUGUCCGCGGAGGCCGCUGGGCCUGCUGCUCGCGCUGCUCGCCGCCGCCGCGCUCGCCAACCAGCUCGAAGACAUCCCGCACAAUGAAGUCAAGAAUUGGGCGCUAAAAUUCGGUGUCGACUUAUGGGAGUUUGGCCGGCAUUUCACAAAAAUGAAUCAAAUACAAAACAAAUACCACGAAUACAACGUGGAUGUGGUGCGCAAGGAUGGGCUGCUUCUGGUGCGAGAGCUCGCAGCCGAAGUCAAGAACCACAUGGACUUCAAGAUCAACGCGGUCAUGCGCAUCAUGGACAGCGCCGAAGCGGCAGCCCUGUCAGCCGGGAACGGCGGCAGCGACGGAGCACCCGGCUCGUACUAUGACGCGCGCUGGCUGAACGUGCACGCUGAUGACGGGACCCUGGCCGCGAGAGCCCGACGCCUGGCCCUCACGCCGAGCCGACACUUCGACCAUAUCGCUGUCAACACCAGCUAUAGUGCCGUGCUUAUGCCACCUUAUAUUAAUACUGAUGAUGGCGAGGUACAGAACCAGAUCGCGUGGUCGGAGCACUUGGACCCCCUGUUCGUGAACAACUAUGAGAUCGACCCCACGCUGUCGUGGCAGUACUACGCCUCGUCUUCUGGAUUCAUGAGGCGGUAUCCAGCUAUGUCCUGGCCACCAGAAGACGGUUACUCGCAUCACGCGAGAGAUUUCUACGACUUCAGGUCUUCAAACUGGUUCGUCGAAGCGGCGACUUCCCCUAAAGAUCUAGUGAUCCUCCUGGAUGACUCCGAUGACCUGAGCUCGUCGUACUGGCGACUUGCCAAGUCCACUGUAUCAGCUCUCCUGGACACCCUCGGACCCAACGAUUUCGUCAACAUCUACAGAUACAGCGACACAAUCUCCGAGCUACACUCCUGCUACACCAAAGUUCUAGCUCAGGCUCUUCCAGAGACGAUAAGAGAGUUGAAAACAGCUUUAUGGAACGCAGAGCUCUCCGGAGGUGUGGCUAAUCUGACGGGCGCUCUCACCACAGGCUUCGAAAUCUUACAUCGGUACAACAGAACAGGUCUAGGAUGUCAAUGCAAUCAAGCGAUCGCCGUGAUAGGCGCCGGCGGGGGUGCGGGCGGGGUGAAGGGGGUGUUCCGCACGUGGAACUGGCCACAUAUGCCUGUGCGCAUCUUUACGUAUCGUGUGGGAGGAGACGCUACUGCUGGACAUAAUAUGAAGGAUAUGGCUUGCACUAAUAAAGGUUUCUACGUGACGAUAAACGAGCACUCAGAGAUCAAGUCGAAAGUGCUUCACUUUGUGGAGGUGCUGGCGAGACCACUCGUCAUGUACCAAACCGUGCAUCCUGUGCACUGGAGCCCCGCGUACGUUGGCGGCAGGAGCAGUAGCCUCGCUGAUGAUGGAAUGGGUCAGCUGAUGUCCUCCGUCACCGUACCCAUCUUCGAUAGGCGAAACCACACGCAAAGAGAAGCCAAUUUACUCGGCGUUGUUGGUACCGAUGUGCCUAUCGAUCAAAUAAAGAAGCUCGUACCACCAUAUAAGUUGGGUGUGAACGGUUACUCGUUCAUGGUGGAUAACAACGGGCAUGUAUUGUAUCAUCCAGAUUUAAGGCCGUUGCACACAAACGAGGAAUACACUGAGACGCUGCGCCCUCUAUACUCGAGCGUAGACCUCACUGAUGUGGAACUGCUUGUAGACUCGGAUGAGAACUCCAGGGUCAAUCUAACAUCACUUCUACUUGAUCUUCGCCACGACAUGAUAGAACAGCGCGAAGGCGAAACCGAGAUCGCAGUCAAAGUGCAAUACGACAACAUGAGACGCGUCGCCACCAGACGACAGCGGUACUUCUACAGCCCGGUGGACGGUACCCCGUUCUCUUUGGCAGCCGUGCUUCCCGAUGGGUAUGGCAUGUAUGAGCUUCAAGCGGAGCAAGAAGUCAAACAUAGUCCUGUCAAUGUCACGGAAUACUUCAAAGGCGAAAACUGGAAAGUCCAUCCCGAUUGGGUGUACUGCGAAUACGCGUCGACAUCCGAGCAGUCGUUCAACUCAGCGGAGGAGCAACUAGUGCACUUCUUGUCUCGCGCGGGGCGGCCGGGCUGGAAGUGGAUGUCGCUGCGUCCGCGAGCACUCACGCUGCAUAACGCGCACAAGAGGCAGGAUAGGGACUCCUAUUACUGUGACAAAACUUUAGUGCAAUCAUUAAUUAGGGACGCAAUGGUAAUCAAAGAAUUGGACGCUCACACUGGACAUGCUAGCCAUCACUCACACCCGAUAGCGACUUUAAUGGCACUCCUUACAAGACAAGGCCGGUUCCACAAGUUCGUGGUGACGCUGUCGUUCAUCGCAACCCGGAGCGGUCUACUGCGGUGGACGGAGAACGUUAACACUUCCAGAAGUUCUGAUUCAUCUGAACCGCACUUCAGCGAGAAAUACGCUCGCGCCUACGACUCGGAAUGGUACCGUCGCGCAGUGGAGCACCACGCCAUCGAGCCCGAGAGCUUCGUAUUCUCCGUUCCGUUCCGCGAUGGCUCUGAAGCCGAGGAGUUGAGCGGUCGGCCACCGCUAGUACUGGCUACCCACGCGGUCUUCGUGGAGUCCCGCGGUCACCGCGCACCCGCCGCCGUCGUCGGACUACAUUUCCAGCUAGACUCGCUAGCAAAACACUUCUUGAAUGUUACUUCUGCAUGUACCGGAGGCACGGCUUGCAAGAAGACCUGCGCAGGCGAUGAAUUGGACUGCUAUAUUUUGGACGACAAUGGCUUUAUUAUUCUGUCAGAGGAUGUCUCGCAAACAGGACGGUUCUUCGGUCAGGUUGACGGCACUAUUAUGGAUUCUUUAGUCCAAGAUCGGAUAUACAAAAAGGUAGUGGUCCACGAUCAUCAAGGCCGAUGUCCGGAUUCCAGAAACUCGUUUAGUGGAGAUGGUCACAAAGUUUCGCCCCUGAAACCAUUGUCUUGGCUUGGCGGAUACCUAACCAGCCUAAUCGCAAUGUGGUUCCCUCUAUGGGAACCAGUUCAUGCACGAGCUAGACCUUACGCUGAGGAGGAAGUCGAUUACGAAGACUACGAAAGCGAAGAUGUCGAGAACGAAGACGACUUGGAUAGAGACCGUGGGACUUAUGAGAUCAUCAUCGACGGCCUUGGAGAGACCUCUCGGGACAGCGGGCGAGCACAUCCCCCGCCUCCUUCCCCCGGCGCCGCCCCUCCCCCGCCACCCCGCGAGGCCGCGCGCUCGGCAGCCGUGCGGCCCUGUGACACCAGCGCCGAACUGUUCACCCUGCAGUCUUCGAGACUCAAUACUGCACAGCCGCUCAAGGGCAAGCUCACUAACUGUCACAACUCUGGCUGCGAGAGGCCGUUCAGCGUGCAGAAGAUCCCGCACAGCAACCUGAUCCUGCUGGUGGUGGACACGCUGUGCCCGUGCGGCGCCAAGCGCCUCGACGUGCGCGCGCGCGAGGCCGCCCCGCGCGCCGCCUGCCGCCGCGCGCCCGCGCUGCACCGCCGCCGCCCCGCGCACUGCGGCUCAUACCAUCCCGAGGAAAUCGAGAUCCAGUCAUGUGGUCGCGGAGGACGCUUGCUGCCGGCGCUGGUGGCGGUGGUGACGCCGCUGCUGCUGCGGCUCGUGCUCAGCACGUGACUGCGCCCGCUCAUCUAAGCAGUACUCAGCACGGGACGGGAGCUUUCUCUACCCCACUACCACUCAACCGGUCGAUUUUUUAACAGUUAUCUCGUAGUCUCACGACAUCCCCAGGGAAAGCUUCUACUAUAAAGGCGUUCGAGUGUUCUUGCGAGUCAUGUGUGUGAAGCGGCGUGCGGCUGUAUGUGUGCGUGUAGCGGGCGGCGUGUGUGUGUGUGUGCUCGCGCCGCCACUCGCUACAGUUUUGAUCAAUUUUACCGACUGAAGUUUUGGUCCGACCAAGUGAACUUUUGAUCUUGUUUUGAGACAGGAUUAUAGUCGAGUUAGGGUACGAUGAUUAUUGAAAUAUUUUCUCCUCUCUGUUAAGUUGUCUGUUAGGGAGAAUUCUUGGGCUGUAGAAAUGACUGAGGCUGUUUCCGAAAUAUAGGUACUGGUUUAUUCCAACGGAUGAUUUGUAACAAAUUAUAUAAUUAAACGGCGCGCGACGCGUACAAUUUCCACAGCUGAUCGGUAAGGUGUGUGAGCGGCCCGCGAUCCUCGUACGUGGCUGCCCCCCGCGCCGCGCUGUCCCCCCUCCGAUGCCAUCGCCGGUGGCGCCUCCAUCGACGUCGUUCCUAUGUUCUAGAGGUUUCCGAACAGUCACUUUCAUAUUGUAACUGAUGCAGACGCAUACGGUAAAUAGGUAGGUAACUAAUAUCUUGUUAAAUUUAAAUCGAAGAUUAUCACAAACUUGGAGAUCUUAUAAAUUAUAGCUAAUGUUAAUAGGUAUUGAAAGAUAAUUAAUGUAAAAUAUUAAUAUCGUUUAAACUGUUUUAGAAAAAUUUACCUAUGUUGAGACCUAAUUCGAUUUAUUUCUCGAUAUCUGUCAUUCAAAUUUAUCGCAAACUUAUUGAAUAGUUGCUAGGGGUUGAUGUAAAUAAGAAGAAUAUUUGUUUGUAGAGAGGUUUCUUUGCUGAAUUUAUGUGUGCCUGUGUAAUGUAAAAAAGUCGUUGUGUCGUCGAGAAGGCGUCGCAGCGCUAACACGCACUGCCAUACAGGGGAACAAACUUAAUCAUAGCACGUUGUUGUUGAGCUGCGAGUCGGUCGGCGGGCAGGCCGGUCGGUGGGUCGGCCGGCCGGUCGGUCGGUCGGUCGGUCGGUCGGUCGGUCGGUCGGUCGGUCGCUCGCGCAGGCGUGUCCCCGGGCGCGGCGACGCGUCUCUGACGACUUUCCAUUCUAGUCGUUAGUGAUUUUCUCGCCUAAUCUUCGAGUAAUGUCGUAAAGAAACUGUAAACAGUUUCGUAUUUUUAUUGUAAAUAUUUUACUAACUUAAAUGGCCUAUUACAAUUUUAAGAAAGUGUGUUGCUAAUAUAUAGGUCGUUCAAAUUCGACUUCUGCUGUCGUAAAGAAUAACUUCAUCAUAUCGAUCUGUAACAAUAAUUGUUUGCAUAUCAUAAUGUUCUCUUUCGAACGUUUCAAGUGAAAAGACAAGGCCUCGGGACAUUGGAUAAGUACUGACAGUCUACUUUCAUACGUAAAAUUUCAAGUUUCGGAGUAUAAGAGAAUAAGUGUAUUUACCUAUUAACUUGUUUGUACCUAACCUAAAUGUGAAUGUUACAUAGAGUAAUGAUCAAAUCCACAUACUUACAUACAUUAAACAUUGAAUAGAGUUUUAUAUAUCAUAUUACAUAUAAUAUUGAAUAGUCGAUUAAUGUACACGAGUAUACGGCUUGCUAUUGUCCAUUUUAUUGCAAACUUUUGAAAUAGUACAAAAGCCAUACAUGCCUAUACAUAUAUUCCUAACAUAGCUGACAGAGAUUUAGUGCCAAACCACUGUAUUACAAUAUGUCAUAGUUCACACGGAUAUUAUUGUAUGGACCGAUAGUGAGUUUAUGUGUCUGAGGCGCGUACGUGACGUCGCGUGACCACACGUACGCGGGACAAUAGCAAGCUACACAUUAUAUACGUAGAUUGAUUACAGUAAUCUCUUGAUGUGUACUUCGUAUUAUAAUAUUAAGUGGAAAGCGAACUGAGCGGGCUUAGACAUGUUUAGAAUAGCCUAUUGUCGGCCAGUGUAUAUGCAGUUUACCAACAUUUAUAUGGUACAGUAGUUAGCAUACAUUACCCAAUAAAGUUUUAGAUAUAACAAUUGUGUUGCGUACAAUAGAGAAGUAGCAAACGAAAGCAAUAAUAAAGUAAACUCGGCAUAUCCCCAGUGAGUAACAGCGAGAUUACUGUAGUCAGUGUGCUCAGGGCUCAUGUCACCGGCCGCUACAUACUCAUAUCACGGCAUACUCACAAUAUACUACAGAUAUCGUUGAUUGAAGGCGCUUUUGAGAAAUUGUACAUUUUGUAUAAAUAAUACAGUAAGGAGUCGAUUUAAUGGCGUAGAGAUUGUUUAAACUGGUGAGUGGCGAACGACUGGUAAUGUAUUGAAAGUGCUUCUAAGUAAGCGUCGAGUCUUCCAUAGCAGUCGAACGCGGGGGCGAGUGUUUACUGUUACGUCUAAGUAUUAAACGAUAAUAAUAGCGUAUACUUAUCAUAGCAUAGGCGGAGCUCGCGUCUUGUACCAUGUGCAGAUAUUUUUACUUGCACUUCGCGGGAUUUAGUUCUAUGUAACUAUAGACACAAAACAAAUACCUCGUUUAGUUACUCAAAAUGUAAUAGUUAGACAGAGUUAGCGUUUAUUUCGCGUUUAGUUCUUGGACAUAUCAAUUCAGGCACCAAAUGAGACUAUAGCGUAAGCAAUUUUUAAAUUUUUUCAUGUAUUACAAUAUUGAUAUCGAUUAUUUUAAUAAGGUCUUUAUCAAUGUUUUGUAGAGUCGCGGGACUGGCGCGCAAGUUAAUGAUCCCACAUUGACAGGGUCCUCGUUAAAAUAGUUGUGUAGGCGGACUCUGGUGUACUCACUAUGCCACGUUCACUUCAUCCCUAUAUCUUACAUUUUUGUAAACAUUAUGAAUUCUUACUUUAUGUCAAUAGAUCUGUCAAUUCGGUUCUAAUGCUUUUUAGAACUAUAACGGUGUGGGUAUUUUUUAUAACGAUUCGGUUUGGUAAGAUAUGACGUCACUUUGUUUUACGUAUCUUAGUUAAAAGUUGUAUCAUUGGGCACGGCGAUCUGUGUGAACAUGGUUCUCUAGCGUAAUUCUAGUAAAAUACUGUUCUUUUUGUUACUUGCCAGUUCAUGCUAUAGAUAUACAGUAAUUACAACAAUAAAGUUCUCUUAUAACAUUGUGA